AUGCCAUCCUCAUCCCCAUCAUCAUCUUCUUCUUCAAACAUCACUGGUACCGGUGAUGACAUUGCCAGUGAUGCAUCAUCGUCAUCAACUCAACUUCACCAACAUCAACCUCAUCAUCAACUUCAACAUGUGAUCCAGAAUACCAUGCCACCUCAUCAGUUCCCCGUUCCACUACCGCCAUACCCUCAAAUGUCCGUCCCAACCCAUCAUCAUCAUCAAGGUGUUGUCCCAAUUCCAAUGUUCCCUGCAGGCCAAUACCACCAUCAUCCCUUCCAACAUCCACAUCCACAUCAACAUCAACAUCAACAUCAUCCACUGCCACCAACUUCCGUCCACUUCCACCCAUAUCCACAGCGACAUUUGUCUCCCCCGCCAGCAACACCGCCACCUCCGCCACAGCCACCAACCUCCACCGCCCAAGGACAACCACAAGGUGGCGACGACGGAUUCUACCAUCUACUUUACGGCCUGUUACCAUUGUGCGUGGAAAUUGAUCGCGAACGUGGCGCCACAAAGGAGAAGACGGACAAGAUGAAUGAGCUACACCAUCACAUUGACACGAUUAUAAAGCGAGUGGAGAGGGAGAAGAAAAGAUGCAAGAUGAUGCUGUCCCCGCCAGCACCACCCUUGACCCAGUCCAAGAAGCAGCAGCAAGUGGUAGACCCGACCAGACCACGCAGGAACCGAAAGAGUGCCAGUCCACAGGAGAGCAGAGAGGUGGAUCAAUGUCAAUUGUGUGGAUCAAUGGAGACACCAGAGUGGCGCAAAGGACCAGAUGGCACCAAGUCCCUAUGCAACGCGUGUGGUCUACAUUUCGCCAAGACCAAGAGGUCACUCAAGGGUCUGGAUCAAGAAAACAUCAACAACAACAGUAGCAGUGGCAAUGAUCCAUCAUCGCCCCUAUCAUCAUCGUCAUCAACAUCAACAAUCUCCAAUGCACCAUCAAUGGAUCCGUCAUCGCCCCCACCAAACAUCAUCCUUCCCCAACUUCCACAACAUCCACAACUUUCACAACAAAUCCAACUCCAGCAACAGCAGACUACGGCACCAGGAGAUGGAUAUUUCUGUUCAACGUCAACUACAACGACCACAACAGUGACAACUACAACAAGACAGGCAUCUCCACCACCUAGACCGACCUCUACAUCUACAACUUCAACAACGACAACAGCAGCGACCCCUGGACAACCAAGUGGCAGGCCUUCUGGAAGUCUCUGA